AUGGCGAGCGACGGCGACGAGGCUCCCGCGGGGGUGGUCGGGAAGGUGACCUGCGCCGCGUGGAUACGCAGGUCGGUCGGCGGUCCGGCCGUGUCCAGCAGCCGCAGACUCCUCGUGGUGUACGGCCGCGGCGCCACCGCCUCGUCCCCGCCAUUCCUCGACCUCCUCGCCUUCGACACCACGGCGUGCGAGCUCGCCUCCGAGCCCCUGCUGAGGGUCGUGAUGGGCGAGGAGGGAGCCGACGUGGACGAGCCGCGCGCCAUCGCCGUGCACCCCGCCGGCGACGAGUUCGUCUGCGCCACCGCCAAAGGCUGCAGGCUGUUCAAGCUAGUAUAUGAAGACUUCACUAUCAACCUUGUUUCAAGAGAUUCUCCGCCGCUCCAAUCAGUUGGGCCUCAGCGAUGUUUGGCAUUCAGUACUGAUGGUACUAAGUUUGCUAUUGGUGGUGAGGAUGGGCAUCUAAUAAUAUUUCACUGGCCAAAUCUCAGUGUGCUUUUGGAUGAACCUAAAGCUCAUAAAUCCUUCCGGGACAUGGACAUCAGCUUGGAUUCAGCGUUUUUAGUAUCAACUUCGACUGAUGGUUCCGCAAGAAUAUGGAAGAUUGAUGAGGGAGCUCCACUCGUAAAUUUGACUAGAUCUUCGGAUGAGAAGAUUGAGUGUUGCCGCUUUUCAAGGGAUGGAAAGAAACCUUUCCUGUUUUGCACACUUGUAAAAGGAAAUGAUAUUGUGACUGUGGUUUUGAACAUAAGUAACUGGAAGCGAAUUGGAUACAAAAGACUCCUGCGAAAGCCUAUUUCCACACUUUCGGUUAGCCUGGAUGGGAAGUAUCUCGCACUAGGAAGCCGUGAUGGCGACUGUUGUGUUGCCGAUGUAAAGAGCAUGGAAGUUUCUCACAUGAUCAAGAAGGUUCACCUUGGCUCCCCAGUUUCCUCCAUUGAAUUCUGCCCUACUGAAAGGAUAGCGAUCUCCACCUCGCACCAAUGGGGAGCAGAGAUUACUAAGCUCGACGUCCCUGCCGACUGGAGAGUUUGGCAAAUCUGGCUGGUAUUCUUGAGCCUCUUCGUGGUAUCAGCGAUCCUGUUCUACAUGUUCUUCAAGCACACAAACCUGGUGUAA